CUUGUACUUGUCACUGUCGGUGUAUUUACUCCAUCAACUUUAUGCAGACCUUAUUAAUUUUAAACAUUUUUAUACAAAGUUAUAUCAAAUCCAAAUGGUUCAAAAAGUUCUAUUCAUAUGUUUAGGUAACAUUUGUAGGUCUCCCAUUGCAGAGGCUGUAUUUCAACAUCUAGUUAAUGAAAAAGGUGUUGCUAAAGAUUGGAUUGUUGAUAGUGCGGCUAUAGGUUCUUGGCAUAUUGGAAAACAACCUGAUUCAAGAGCUAGACAGACUUUAAAGAACCAUGGAGUGCAGUACAAUGGCAGGGCAAGACAGAUCCAGAAAAAUGACUUCAAUGAGUUUGACUACAUCUUCGGUAUGGAUGAAGACAAUAUGUCAGAUCUAGAAUCACGAGCUCCAAAGGGAAGUAAGGCCAAACGUUUGCUUCUUGGAGAGUUCGACCCACAAGGCGAAAGAAUUAUCAGGGAUCCAUAUUAUGAUGAUGGUUCUGAAGGAUUUGAGAAAUGUUAUCAGCAGUGCCUAAGAGCUUGUGGAGCAUUUUUGGAACAAAACUCCUAAAUUUACAAAUUCAGUGUUGUGAAAUAAAUACCAGUUGAAAUAGGA